AUGACUUAUGAAAGACCUAAGUGCUCCACACUGAAAGCUGCACUGCUGAUCCAGCGGUGGUACAGGAGAUACUGCGCCAGGCUAGAGAUCAGACGACGGUAUACCUGGACCAUCUUCCAGUCCAUCGAGUAUGCUGGCGAGCAAGACCAGAUGAAGCUGUACGACUUCUUCAACGCCCUCCUCACACACAUGACCAACACCACCAUGAACGAUGUUAUGGAGGCCUUGUCACCCCGCGCCUCUCCCUCCACAGAUGAGGAGGGGGAGGAGGAUGAGGUGAGCAUGAAGAGGCUGCUGGAGGAGGCGUGGGCUGAGGAGGUGAAGGUGGAAGGGAGCUACAAGGGACCGCACCUCACCACGCCGCUCACAACACACUCCAUACACCAGCUGGUCGAUGCCUACAAGAAAAAGAAGGCACUACACGUCCGCUACGUGUACGUGUUGCUGAGGGAGGGUGUGCGGGUGUUGCGGCAGCGAGCCACCGUCACCCACGCCUCCACCGCCAUCUCCGGCCAGAUUACCGUGGUGGGUGAUCUGCACGGAAAGCUGGACGACUCUCACUAUACUACACAGAAUCAAGUCCACAAUACCACAGGUAACACUGGUCUGCCCUCCAUUGAUGAUGAUAAUCCUCCACCCGACAGAACGGUUCCUUCCACUGACAACCCUUACGUGUUCAACGGUGACUUCGUGGAUCGUGGCCAGAAGUCCAUGGAAGUGAUAUUGUUAUUGCUGGCGCUGGUAAUCGCCUUCCCCGCUGGCCACCGCGGCAACCACGAGGACCUGGUCAUGAACGCAAGGUAUGGCUUUUGCAAGGAGGUCAGCCGGAAAUACAAAAAUCUCAGUCCACCGAUCUUGCGGCUGCUGGAGGAAGUGUAUCGAUGGCUGCCAUUGUCCACCGUCAUCAACAACAAAGUGAUGGUGGUCCACGGCGGCAUCUCCCUCGACAUAGACCUCAAGACCAUCUCCAACAUCGACAGAAGCAAGUACACCAGCGUGCUGAGGAGUCCGGCCACCAGGCUACAUGACGACGCUUCACUUACCGAGGACACCGAGCCUGCCCUUAACAAACAAAUCCGUCUAGCUGCCGCCACCUACGAGUGGAAACAGGUGCUGGACCUAUUAUGGAGUGACCCUCAGACACAAGCCGGUUGUCAGCCCAACAGCUUCAGGGGGGGCGGCAGUUACUUUGGGCCAGACAUCACCAAGGACUUCCUCGCUCAACACGGCCUCGACCUCCUCAUACGCUCACACGAGUGUAAAUUUGACGGCUACGAGUUUACCCAGGAUAACAAG